AUGGCUUUCAAAACUAACGAAAACGAAAACGAAGAAGGAAAAACUCCAUACACAGUAGAACAACAAGAACAAGACGAUGACGACGAAGAAGAAGAAGUGUGGGACGAUUGGGAAGGAGAUGACGGAGAUUCAGACUCUGAUUUCCUCUGUCUCUUCUGUGAUUCCAAUCACGAUUCCUGCACCUCCUUGUUCCAACAUUGCACUUCGAUUCACCACUUCGAUUUUCAUGCUCUUAGAGAUUCUCUGAACUUGGAUUUCUAUGCUUCCUUCAAGCUCAUUAACUAUAUUCGCUCAAAGGUAUCAGAGAACAGUUGUUGGAGUUGUGGGUUAGCUUUUCAGUCCAAACAUGAUUUGCAAAAUCACUUGCAUGAUGUAAUUGACUCCAAUGCUAUUAAGCCUUUGUGGGAUGAUGAUAGAUAUCUAAAACCUUUCAUGCAAGAUGAUUCAUUGCUGUACAACUUUGGUGAAUUUGAAGAAGGUGAAGAUGAACAAACUUUAAUCAUGGAUGAAGAUCUCGUGAGGGAUUUGAUUAACGCUCUAGAAACAAACGAUGUUGAUGAAGAUCUCGUGAGGGAUUUGAAGAACGCUCUAGAAACAAACGAUGUUGAUGAAGAUCUCGUGAGGGAUUUGAAGAACGCUCUAGAAACAAACGAUGUUGAUCAAGAUGCCGUGAAAAAUUUGGUAGUUAAUGACCAUGCAUAUGAUGAUUGUAAAAGAAAGGAGACAGCUUCUGUUUCAAGUGAACAUUCAAACUUGCCUAGCUCUUCAGCUAAGGAGCUUGUUAAUGGGAACUACUCAAGAGGAUGUGUUUCAUCUAUUGAUAAGGAUCCAGAAGAAGGGUCUUUGAUGGGUAACCCUCAUAGUCACAUUGCAAAGCAUAUCAAGAAGGUUAAUGAAAGUUAUUUUGGGUCUUACAGCUCAUUUGGCAUCCAUCGAGAGAUGUUAAGUGAUAAGGCUAGAAUGGAUGCUUAUGGUCAAGCAAUUUUGAAGAAUCCCUCUCUACUAAAUGGUGCUGUGGUUAUGGAUGUAGGUUGUGGAACUGGCAUCCUCAGCCUUUUUGCAGCUCAGGCAGGGGCUUCGAGGGUCAUUGCAGUUGAGGCUAGUGCGAAGAUGGCAGCAGUGGCAUCUCGGGUUGCAAAAGAUAACAGCCUCUUGUUGAAUAAAAAUGAAGCUAGAGUCAAUGGCAACCAGAAAGGAGUCGUAGAAGUGGUUCAUGGCAUGGUUGAAGAAAUUGACAAAAUUGUUGAACUUCAACCUCACAGUGUUGAUGUAUUGUUAAGUGAAUGGAUGGGAUAUUGCCUGCUGUAUGAAUCCAUGCUUGGUUCAGUGCUUUAUGCACGCGACCGGUAUUUGAAGCCUGGAGGUGCCAUUCUUCCUGACACAGCAACUAUUUUUGUUGCAGGAUUUGGAAAAGGAGGUACAAGUCUUCCAUUUUGGGAGAACGUGUGUGAUUUUGACAUGUCUAGCAUUGGGGAGGAGCUUGUUACAGACGCUGCCGGAUAUCCUAUAGUUGAUGUUAUAGACCAUCAAGAUUUAGUUACCAGUUCUACUAUUCUUCAGACCUUUGACUUGGCUACCAUGAAGCCCGAUGAAGUGGAUUUCACCGCAACGGCUUCUUUGGAACCAAAAUCAAGCACUUCAGAAAACGGGAAAACACAUUUGAAUUCUAAAACAUGUUGCUGGUGUUAUGGAGUUGUCCUAUGGUUUGAUACUGGAUUUACAUCUAGAUUCUGCCGGGAAACACCAGCUGUGUUGUCAACAUCCCCUUUUACUCCAAAAACACACUGGUCACAAACAAUCUUAACUUUCCGGGAGCCUAUUGCCAUUGGAUCUGGUAAAGAUAAUGCGAGAAAACCAGAAACUAUUGGCACUGAAGUCUAUCCUGCUGCAAAGAUUGAUCUGUGUGUCAGCAUUGUUCGCUCUACUGAGCAUCGUAGCAUUGACAUUUCCAUGGAAGCUGCUGGUGUAAGUCCUGAUGGCCGGAGACGCAGUUGGCCUGCUCAAUUUAUUUCUCUGCAGUAG